UCCCGCCCUUGAACGCAAAGUCGGCUACUGCUGGCUCCUCGCCCUUAUACCCAACUGCCAAUUGAACUUCGCUGAUAGAUCCGGCCGCCGUGUAAUCUCUCCCUUAACCGUUUAUUUAUUUCCAUUUUGUAUUUUGCCUGGCCCCAAAGAUUUCUGCCGCCCCUCGAAAAAGACGUGAGACAUGGCGCCAAAGCCAUAUUUCAAUUCGGCUGGUGAAGUCGUCCCUCUUGCUGAGCUGAUGAGCUUGGAAAGAAUAGACGCGAGGACGUUUCGAUCACGAGUCAAGGCGUAUGCUCCCACGGGUGGAGAGAAUGGCGCGUACGGAGGCCAUGUGUACGCCCAGAGCUGCUGGGCUGCAGCCCAAACUGUGCCUGAGGGUAUGAUAAUUCACAACGUAACUGGUUGGUUUACCUUGGGAGGAAUACCCACAGAGCACUUCGUAUACACGGUGCACAACCUCCGGGAUGGCGGCAACUACUGCGUGCGCACUGUGACGGUGACUCAGAUAGAGGAAAAGGGCGUGUGCUUCACGUGUACAUGCUCCUUCAAGCGUGCCGAGUCUUCUCCGUUCAGGUUCCAGCAUAAUCUGGAUAUAAAAAAGGAAUAUGGGGAAUGUCUCAACAUUGCAGAUCACUUUGAACAUCCCGAAAUGCCCAGCCAAGAUUCCUGGUGGUUCAACAAUGUCCAUCUCCCCAAGAAUCCCAAUCACUUUAACCCGCUCGGCGGUCUGCACCUCCGAAAAGUUAACAUGAAAAGCUACAAUGAUAAGCGAGCUCCCAUUGACAAGAGGCGUCUCAUGAUGUACACGAUACGCGGCAGUCUUCCGCAAGUUCCAGCAUCGGUGCUCAAACAGAAGAAGCCAAAGUACAGUCGUGAAGCAAAUCUUCAUGCAAUUGCACACAUCUACGCUUCUGACCGCAACUCUCUUUUCGUCAUUGGAGAUCACCUCGGGAUCAGCGCAGACGCAAAACGCACGGCGAGCAUAUCACACACUGUCAUCUUUCACGUCGGACUGGAGGAGCUGAUGUUUCCAAAUGAGCCUGCGGACCGUCCAAAGAAUGCAGCCCCCACGGAAAAUGUCGCGGGCUCAGAAUCAGCUCCUGAUCCGGAAUCGAAGGGACGGAAAUGGUAUAUGCAGGAAGUAUGGACCGAUCGCGCUGAGGGCGGACGUGGGCUGCACAGAAGCAGGAUCUGGGACCCGGAAACUGGAGUCCAUCUGGCCACGACGAUACAAGACGGUCUGGUGAGAUUCAAAGACGAUUCAAGUCCUCCCAAGUUGUAGAGCAUUGGAUGUCUCGGAGUACCUUUAGCUUAUCCAACUGUCCACUUUUGAGUUCUUGUUCGGCUUUUGGACACGACACAUAUGUGGUCAAAGCUUGUAAAUUUGUAUUCAUGUUUCAACCGGAGGCUACUAGCUUCUGCUGAGCUUUGUCUCUAGAUAUAGAUUCAUCGCUCAAUGCGGUCGAGUUAGAGACCUUGAUUUGCUCGAGCACUUUUGAAGCGACCGCGAUAGCGUCUUCUGGCAUGCCUGCAUAGCAUCAGUUAUCUAAACCAAGACUGAAUAAUGUAGACGAACCAGCUAAUCUCG